AUGCAGUCAAACGACAACCACAUGGCGCUGCCUCAUGUGCUGCCCAAUCUCCCGGCGGACAACUCGCACCCACACCCCUCACUGCCGCCCAACGCGGCCCACACUGUGCUUUCCGUGAACGUACCGCCGUCGGCGGCUGCGGCGCAGAUGAGCGGCGCGCCGCUCAGCUCCGACGCCGGGUCCGCGGCCGGGUCUGCGGGGGUGUCCGGAAGCAGCUCGUCUGCGGGCUCGUCUGUGCGCAGCUCCAUUGGCUACGGCAGCAACAUCGGCGCGAGCGUCGGCGGCGCGCCCCCGCCACAGUCCACAUCCACACACCACCCUGUACCCCUUCCCCAGCUUGUGUACCAAACCGCUGCCGCGGGCCCGGCGGCAAUGGUUCCGAGCCAAGCGCAUGCCCUGGUUCAGCCGCAGGCUGCGCCUGCGUCUAACCAGGUCCCCGGUAUUCUUGCGCUGGGGCCCUCAGCCGCUGCUGUGGACGGAAGCCAUGGGGCGCUGCCCCUGCAGUAUGGGGCUCCGCCCGUGAACGCGCCGACGGGCGCAGGGAACUCCAUGGGCGCAAAUCGUCCCACGGGGCUUCCCGCGGUUUCCGGCCUGCCCCUGCCGGAAGCUGCCGGCAUCCCGGACUCGGGCUCUGUAAAACACGACCCCGAGCCGGACCAAGGGAGCGCCGACGGCGAGCAUGUCAACAUGCACGGCGUGCUCAUUGGCAAGUCGGGCAAGCCCCUACGCAAUACGAAGCGCGCGGCUCAAAACCGGACCGCCCAAAAGGCGUUCCGGCAAAGACGCGAGCGCUACAUCAAAGAGCUUGAGACAAAAGCUAAGGAGUACGAUAGGCUUGAGCAGGAGGUGUCCGUUCUCGGCCAGGAGAACCAAUCGUUGAAGCAGUACGUGCUCGAGCUGGAGCAACGACUGGGUGUACGGCACCACCCGGGCGUGUGA